AAGGAUGAAAGUUACCUUAUCUGCCUUGGAUACUUGCGAGACUUCUUUCACACCUUUAGUCGUCAUAGAACUUGCUCAGGAUGUCAAAGAAGAAACCAAAGAAUGGCUGAAAAAUAGAAUAAUUGCGAAAAAGAAAGAUGGAGGUGCCCAGCUGUUGUUUAAACCCUUGUUAAACAAAUGUGAGAAAGAAACAUUAGAAAAUCAGAACUUGUAUCUUGUUGGUGCUUCCAAUGUUAGAUUGCUGUUAGGGGCAGAAGCUUUGGGCUUGGUAAAAGAAUGUAAUGAUCACACCAUGAGAGCCUUCACCUAUGGAACCCGACACAACUUCAAAGGUUUUGAUGAUAACAAUGAGGAUUUCCUCACAAUGGCUGAAUGUCAAUUCAUUAUCAAGCAUGAACUUGAAAAUCUUAGAGCCAGAGAUGAAAAAAUGAUCCCCGGUUACCCCCAGGCAAAGUUGUAUCCAGGAAAAUCAUUAUUGAGAAGAUUGAUCACGUCUGGUGUUGUGAUUCAGGUGUUUCCACUGCAUGAUAAUGAAGCCCUGAAGAAGCUUGAAGACACCUGGUAUACACGGUUUGCCGUGAAGUAUCAGCCCAUAGACAAUAUUCGUGGCUAUUUUGGGGAGACGAUUGCUCUUUACUUUGGAUUUUUGGAAUAUUUCACUUUUGCCUUAAUUCCCAUGGCCAUCAUUGGAUUGCCUUACUACAUGUUUGUGUGGGAAGACUAUGACAAAUAUGUGAUCUUCGCCUCAUUCAACCUGAUCUGGUCCACAGUCAUUUUGGAGGUGUGGAAGCGUGGCUGUGCCAGCAUGACCUACAGGUGGGGCACGCUGGUCAUGAAGAGGCAGUUUGAAGAGCCCCGACCAGGAUUUCAUGGGGUCCUGGGUAUCAACCCUGUCACUGGCAGGGAGGAACCUCUCUAUCCCAGUUACAAGAGACAAAUGCGCAUUUACCUGGUCUCUCUGCCCUUUGUGUGCCUCUGUCUCUAUUUCUCUCUGUAUGUCAUGAUGAUUUACUUCGACAUGGAGGACUGGGUCUUAGGGCUGCAUGAGAACAGUGAGUCUGAGUGGACCAGUAUCUUGUUGUAUGUGCCCAGCAUCAUCUAUGCCAUUGUGAUUGAGAUCAUGAACCACCUCUAUCGAUAUGCUGCCGAAUUUCUAACUGCAUGGGAGAACCACAGAUUGGAAUCUGCCUACCAGAAUCAUCUAAUUUUGAAAGUUUUAGUGUUCAACUUUCUAAACUGUUUCGCCUCACUCUUCUACAUUGCCUUUGUCCUGAAGGAUAUGAAGCUUUUGCGUCAGAGCUUGGCCACUCUCCUGAUUACCUCGCAGAUCAUUAACCAAGUUGUAGAGUCUUUACUUCCUUAUUGGCUUCAAAAAAAGCAUGGUGUCCAAGUGAAGAGGAAGCUUCAGGCUUUAAAGGCAAAUGUUGAUGCUACAUUAUAUGAGCAAGUCAUGUUGGAAAAAGAAAUGUCCACCUAUUUGGGCACCUUUGAUGAUUAUUUGGAAUUAUUCCUGCAAUUUGGUUAUGUGAGCCUUUUCUCCUGUGUCUAUCCAUUAGCAGCUAUUUUUGCUGUGUUAAAUAACUUCACCGAAGUCAAUUCAGAUGCUUUAAAAAUGUGCAGAGUCUUCAAACGUCCAUUCUCAGAACCUUCUGCUAAUAUUGGUGUAUGGCAGUUGGCUUUUGAAACAAUGAGUGUUAUCUCUGUGGUCACUAACUGUGCUCUGAUUGGGAUGUCACCACAAGUGAAUGCGGUUUUUCCAGAGUCAAAAGUGGACCUCAUUUUGAUUGUGGUAGCAGUAGAGCAUGCACUUCUGGCUUUAAAGUUUAUACUUGCAUUUGCCAUACCUGACAAACCACGGCAUAUCCAGAUGAAACUGGCCAGGCUGGAAUUUGAGUCCUUGGAAGCACUCAAGCAACAGCAGCUGAAGCUCGUGGCCGAGAACCUGAAGGAGGAAGCCAGUGGCUAUUAUGGGAAGGAGAUGGCCACCUGA